AUGCCCGAUUCCCCGGCUGAAUCCUCCGUGUCGGAUACCUCUGCUAUGCCAAAAGGCCCUGCAAAUUCGGAUGUUCGAGAAGCGAAACGCCGUCGGCUCAGUAUAGCAACAAACACCUUGUCAAAACCUUUCCGCUCACCUCUGCUCUCCAAACCUCGCUCGACUGCUACAACUCCUUCUCCUACAAAAUCAGUUGCUUCAUCAGUGGGAUCUCCUACCUCUCCGGUUACAGAUGCUCCAAUAGCUACAAAUCGUCGCCGUCCGAGCCUUCAAUUUACCACCAGACGGACUUCCUCAGCCCCUCAAAAUCCUGAGUUAACAAAGCUGUAUAAGCAGCAAUCAACCUUGGAGGCAAAUUUGCGGGGGAAGAGGGCAUUGCUAGACACUGCAAAACAGGCUCUGAACAUCGAGACGGCAGCCGACGGGCGUGGUGAAGAGAAAUUGCAAGCGUUGAUAGAGAAGUGGAGGACGGCAGCCAGCAGCGCAGCAGAUGCGUUAUAUGAGAUAACUAGUCAGAGAGCAACGAAUGCUGGCCCUGGAGGUUGGAAGGAAUUAAUUGGGAAAAGGGGUUGGGACGAUGAUGAAAAACAGCCUACUUAUGGAAAAGGUGGCGAAGAUGAGGAGUUUACAAUGGGAGUAAUGCUGAAAGCUUUGGGGAUUGAUCCGGAGUUGAUUGGGUAUGACCAGGAUAACGAUUGUUGGAAGUGAUUAGAUUUAGUUUUCCGCGCGGUAUACUGGGAUUUGGUGGUGAUCGUCACGAUGAGGCGCAUAACCAAAUUUCCCGUGAAUUAGCCUUUGAGUCCCUUCGGUGGAUGUCGUGGAAAGCAUUUUCACCACACACGCGCGGCAUUUUUUUUUUGUCCUAAAAGCGAUCGUUAGAAGCAGAAAUAAA